GUCAUGAAGUGUUAAACUCACAGCACUAUAAACACUCUCAGAUCACUGAAGCAUGUGAUCACAAUGCAAAGAAGUGGGCAGGAUUCUUCUGCUAACAUUCUGAACACGUUACAUGUGACUAACAGAUUUAUUCAUACAACAGAGACAAUCACAUGUAGUGUUUGUGCAGGAAUGUCCUGUAUCAUGAUUCUCAAUAGUUGUAAUAGAUGUGAAGAGGUUCAUGUAUGAGUAAAUGUGAAAUGCAGGUGUUGUGUUGUGAACAUGAUCUCUGGAGACAGAGCUGAUCUAUUUCUGAGUCUCUUCAUCCUGUCAAUGCAAAUGUGAUUUUCAGCUCAACACUCUCAGUGUCACUGUUUGAUUGCUUCAAUCAUCUGAACUGAAACACACCAGUUUCACUUCUGCUCAAUGAAGACAUUAGACACAUAUGAAGUUAUAUGAGACAAUUUUUAUAAACAAUUGAACUGCAUUGGUUGACAUGACAUUUUCUCCUCUUUAAACUGAAUUUAAAUCAGUUUAAUAUAAAUAAUAUGACUGGAAUCAUAAAUCAGCAUCAAGCUUCAUUCGCUUCAUUCACAUGAAUUUGGUCUCAAGGAUCUCUGAGUACUUACACUGUAAAAAUUUUCCAGGAUUUCACAAGAUGUAACUGUGAAAUUUUACAGUAAAUUAGAUUAUUGGCACUUCACAAGCUGUAGCUGUGAUAUUUUACCGUGUAAUACACUAUUCAGACUUUUAUUGUGAAAAUAAUGCAGGUGGGACAUUUACAGGAAGCUACAGUGAAUUACGUCUUUUGCGCAUGCGUCUGGGCUUUCACAGCUGCUCCCACGGAUAAAGCGGUAAGUGAUUAAUUGUCACAUUAUGUUAAAUGACCGUUUUCAUCUGAUAGUUCAUGUAAUUUUACAGUUUUAACCAAAUUAUUGUUAGUUACAUGUUCUGUUGUCACGUUGUUAGCAGUUAAAGUACUCCGGUAACUAAACAAGAAAUGAGCAGACGUCGGUUGUAAUAAUGUCUGUAAAUUCUCGGGUUUUUUACUGCAUGGAGAAUUUAGAAGCAGCUGCCUCCGUGAAGUUGCUUGCUUCAUCUAAUAUUCAACAUAAAAAUUGUUAGAUAUUUGCAUUAAAAACUCCCAAUCACACAAGUGUAACUUUUAACUGCAGUUACAGCAUUACACUGAAGAGGUGGCGCUGUAUCGUUGUAAGCACAAUGAACGCUGACUAAACCUAAGACGGCGAAAAGAUCUCCAAUAUAUCAUCCUAAUAGCGGUUUCGUAGCUGUUCAGGUAAACAUAGUUUAGAUAACAUCUACAUAUGUAUAUAGGUAACGUGGCAUGCCAACAGUAUAAUGUUUUAAGCAUUACAUUGCGACUUCACGAGGGGAUGAGUGCAGGUAAAACAAGACAGACAUCAUGUUCAUGAAUACAGUGUUUUGACCUAUUUUGAGUACAAGUAAUAUUUGUAACUAUUUUUUGUAAGGGAUUAAUAUGAUUUAUUAUAUAAAUUUGCGAAUUAUAUAGUUAUAUAUCAAGUAAAGGAUUAUGAUGUAACAUAAUUUUCUAUUUUAAUAAGCAGGAAAAUAUAGCUUUGUUUGGCAAUAUGGUACUGUACAUAAAGAUGACAGUAAGAGUGACGGGUACAAAGGUACCCAGACAGCAAGCUAACAGGUCCAAACCAUUGAAUCAAUGUUAAAAAUGGUUGAUUUGUCAAUGUUAAUUUCAUUGAAUCAAUAUCACUUUUGCACCUGCUAUUAAUAUGACAUCAGCCAUAAUACUGAUUAAAUAUCACACUAAAGUGCUUCACAACUUACACACAUUAAUGCCACAACACAAUCAAAAGUUUUUAAUUGACUGACAUCACAAUACACAAUGUCUGUAACUGCACAAAAAGUUUAAUAUAGUAUAGUUCACUCAAAAAAAUUCUUCACUCAAAGGUUCUCUCAGGAAUUCUGUUAUCACUCUCUUACUCUCUGACAUUUGCUCAGAUUUUUGCCCUGAUUUUCAGUCUGGAGUUGUUGCAGAAAGUCUGCGCCAGUCUGCAGAUUCUAUUACGUAUUGUUUUCAAUGAAAAUGUUAAUAAAGUUGGCAAGUGUAUGAAGUCUAGUUAAAAAAUAAAAAUGUGUACAGAUUUUAAAAGUCGUGUAGUGAUCACCCCUAGGAGGUUGCUUUGAUUCAGAUCAGUAUGUGUGUAACAUUGGUUUUGCUCUUUGUCACAACAGCGUUUUCUCAUUCCUUAUAGGUUCUCACCACAGCAUUUUUCUGCGGUUAUAAGCUUGGCAGACCAUGGCAUGCAGACUUCCAGUUCAACUGGGCUAGAAUGCCAGCAGCAAUUCGAAGGGCAAUAGCAAAUAAAACAAGACAAUCUCCAGGCGAUAGAAAAGAUAUGGUGAAGGCAGUGGUGGAUCAGAUGUUGGAGCAUGAACCUAACCCAACCAGAGCAAUUUGUCACAGUGUUGUUCGAAGCAUUAUAAGGAGCCAUCCAGAAUGUUUUGCUGAUGUGGCAAAAAAUGGAGACGUCCUUGGAGAUGGUUGUUAUUCUCUUCUGCAGCAAAUUAAAACUAGGGUGGAGUAUAAAAACAGGAACAAUACUCUUGGGAGACGACGCAGGGAGAGAAGGCCACGAAGUGAGGUUCCAGAUGAAGGCAGAGCGAUGCAAAGAGGCCCUGUAGAUCAGUAUGGCUGUGUAAGAUGGGGUCCUUUAGAAAUUCCUCCUGGUGAAACUGAGGCAUCAUUGGAUGGCAUCAAACAUCAUCUCCUUGACAUCUAUUCAAAGGAAGGCAUGAGUGGUGCUGAGAGAGCUGAUCCUCUGAUGGAGAAGACCUAUAUCAUCCAGCGACGCUAUCUUAAUAGUGUGCCUCCACCAGCCAUUGCAGUGUUAAAGGAGGAAUGGCCUUUUCUCUUUUCACCAAGAGGUUUUUUUUCACACUUCACUCUCUUGACUGAUAUCCCCAUCCUUACCAAGUUUCGAGAGGCCCUGGAUAGAAAAGGCAACACUAUUAUGAGGUUCUGCCAGGAGGUCAAGUGUCAUCAAAGGGUGAAAAGUGUUUUGACUUGUUUUGAACACGAGGAUUCAGACAAGGCAGCGUGCAUUCUUCUCCUUGUGAUGGCAUACUUCAAAGAGCCCAAGGAUGCCAUUGUGCUUGAAGUUGAUACUUGUGCCACAGCCACUGACAUUAAAAGUACUAUCACCCUAACAAGUACUCCUCGCUUGAUUGUCCAAGGUAACACAACAAGGCCAAGGGCAUGGAUGUUGUCUUUGGAUGGUGAAGUAGUUAUGGGACCUCAUCCAGACUUCACAACUGGUCUGUGUGCUAUUUUUGCCAGCUACUACAAUUUCAAUUUACAGUAUGCUGAAGAUGCUGCUUGCACUCUGGAAUUUAUUCAAAGGUGCUUUCUGGGCAUAAAUCCAGAGGCUGGCACAAAGUCAAAGAGGCGUAAAGGGCAAAUAAACCAGCAAGUUUGUACAUUUAUAAGAAAACUCAUUGAUUUUGAAUGGAUGACAGAGUAAGCAGUCUAAACCAACCUAAUACUGGCAUGGUCAAGCUUUUGUUAAGUUAUGUUGUUUGGUUUUUCACUUAGAUUCUAGCUGAACAUAUUCUUGGUUCAGCCUGUCUUGGUUUCAUAAAGAGUCAUGAUCUGUGUGUCAUAGCUGAAAUAUUUAUAGAGAAACUGUAUUAAAAUAAAUA